UAUGGGAGGUAGGAAGGCAGUAGAAGGCAAAGGCAAAAGGCGAAGAGACAAAGCAACCUGCAAAUGGCAGCAUCAGUUAUGGCGGCUUCAGUGAGCCUGAAACCAUCUCCCUUCUCUGUUGAGAAGGCGGCAGCGAGAGGCCUCCCCUCUCUUGCAAGGGCGUCUUCUUUCAGAGUCCAGGCCAGCGGUGGCAAGAAGAUCAAGACUAGUACGCCUUAUGGAACUGGCGGUGGCAUGAAAUUGAGGGAUGGCCUUGACGCAUCCGGUAGGAAGCCAAAGGGAAAGGGUGUAUACCAAUUUGUAGACAAAUAUGGCGCUAAUGUCGAUGGGUACAGUCCUAUCUACGAUACUAAUGAUUGGUCCCCAAGUGGUGAUGUCUAUGUCGGCGGUACAACUGGGUUGGCCAUAUGGGCUGUUACCUUACUUGGCAUUCUUGCAGGAGGCGCGCUUCUUGUGUACAACACAAGUGCUUUGGCUCAGUAGAAUCCAUUGUUGUCAUCUUUGGUCUACUGUAGCCUGUACCUAGUUGUAACUCAUGAAAUGCUAGAGUCCAAUCUUAUGUCUUAUGCUUUGGCAUGGAACAUCAUUGAUGCCUGUAGUAAAUACUCUUCAAUGUGAAUUAUUCAUCAAUUACUUUUCUUC